ACCGUUUGCAAAAUGUACACUCAAAUACAGUAGAACUUGAACCCAAAAUGACAAUCCAACUUCUGACAUAACUAUUUAACUGCAACCACUUCAGUUUGUUGCUGGAAAACCAGGGCAUUUCGCUACAAACCAUUUCAGUUUGUUGCUGGAAAACCAUGGCAUUUCGCUAGAAACCAUUUCAGUUUGUUUCUGGAAAACCAUGGCAUUUCGCUACAAACCAUUUCAGUUUGUUUCUGGAAAACCAGGGCAUUUCGCUACAAACCAUUUCAGUUUGUUGCUGGAAAACCAGUUUAUUUCACUACAAACCAUUUCAGUUAGUUGCUGGAAAACCAGGGCAUUUCACUACAUACCAUUUCAGUUUGUUGCUGGAAAACCAGUUUAUUUCACUACAAACCAUUUCAGUUUGUUGCUGGAAAACCAGGUUAUUUCACUACAAACCAUUUCAGUUUAUUGCUGGAAAACCAGGGCAUUUCACUACAAUCCAUUUCAGUUUGUUGCUGGAAAAUCAGGGCAUUUCACUAUAAACCAUUUCAGUUUGUUGCUGGAAAACCAGGACAUUUCACUACAAACCAUUUCAGUUUGUUGCUGGAAAACCAGGUUAUUUCACUACAAUCCAUUUCAGUUUGUUGCUGGAAAAUCAGGGCAUUUCACUACAAACCAUUUCAGUUUGUUUGCUGGAAAACCAGGACAUUUCACUACAAACCAUUUCAGUUUCUUUCUGGAAAACAAGGGCAUUUCACUACAACCCCUUCAGUUUGUCUCUGAAGAGCCAGAUCAUGGAUACUCUUCUAGAACUCUUAAUGCCACUGUGCUGUUGUACUUGUUAAGAGCACUUUUAGGUUCUACAAUCUAAAAACAUUUUAUAGUUGGACAUUUAAUUUAGUCCUUCCCUUAUUGCACACUGCAUGGCAUUGAUUAUCUUCCA